AUGCGACUUCAUGAUACAUUAGAAUCAUGUAUCCAUUAUGUAUCUAUGGAAAAUUUAAAAUAUUCUGAUCAACAAAACCAAUAUCUAACAAUUAAAAAACGAAAGAAUAAUGAUAAUAUUCAUAAAAUUAUUAAUGAAAAUUAUUGUAAACUUGGUUAUUAUUUAACUUAUAAACAAGCUUUAAUUCUUAUUGAUUAUGCUGAUCCAGAAUAUGAACAUGAACUUUCAUUUUUAAUUACAAUACAUGAUAUUAUUUCACAAGAACGUUUUAAAACUUUAUUAAAAUCAAUGAAUAAUGAAAUUAAUUUUGAAGAAUUUUCUACAAUUAUUCUUUCAAAACAACAAGUAUAA